AUGUCGGAAGAACAGCCAGCGAACAAUAAUGCAGAAGCUAGUACUUCAACAGAUUUACCAGAGGAUAACUUGCUUUAUGUUAUGGACGGAACGAGCUUGAAGGAAAAGCUGAGAGAAACUAUAAGCCAAUUGGAAGCCGGAAUCAAAAAGGUAUGGGGAUUUGGUUGCUUUUAUUUUGUUUUAGGUAUCUCAAACUUUAAAAAUUACUUGAAGGCUGAUAAAAAAUUGUUCUAGAGUUUAAAAGCCAUCUUCCAACCCGAUGUACCUCAAGAUGAUCGACCUAAGAUCUUCAACGAAGGAAAUGAGGCGUAUAUCGUGUCAAGAAUAAGGUUAGAACGUCAGUUGGAUUUUGUGGCACCACAUCAAGAACGAGAAGCUGAUAAACGGUUGCUUAAGGCUCAUAUUGACGAUAGAGAUCUGACAAUUUCAAUUUUUUCGAAAAAAUUGGAGAAAAUCGAGAAUGUGCUGCUGGAAACUGGUCUACAGGUAUGAAAUUUGCCUUUUUGUUAAUUUUUAGGAAAGUAGACGUUGCUGCAGACAUCUUAUGUAGAUUUAAAAAUGGUCUAAUGAGCUGGUUUCUUAUAGAAAUGAAGUAAUAAUGAUUUAUAUUAUGUUACACUAAAUCAAUUAUUCAAAAAUUUAAAAAAUUAAUCAUUUCAGGUAAACAAACGUUUAAAUAUAGCGGAAACGGCUCGUAAUAACUUGGUAGAUAUGAAUUCCGUGAUCAGAGCGUCAUUUUUCAUGUCCAGAGGUUAUUCUGUGAGUGCGCCAUUCAAUUGGAAUCAAGGAGAUCCAUCAAGACCGUUCCCAACUGAAGCCGACUUUGCAUCUUCACAGCUUAUGCAAGCUCAACAACUGAAGCAAAAGGUGUGGUAAUUGGAACAUUGUGAUCAUGCUGACGCUGUUUUUGGAAAAACAGCUUGUUUAGGGCUUUGAGUUGAUUUUUGGGACAAAAAAGUCAUUUUUGAGGUGUUUAUUAAUGGAAAAAGACAUUUUUGAUGUGUUUUGGUUGAUAUCACUGCACUUUUAAUGAAUUUUCAUUUAAUUUCACACACUUUCAAUGCUUUUGUUAUAUAAAAUCACAUUCCUCACUUAAAAUUGACUUUUUCUAAAAGGCACUUGACAAACAGGUCUGACAAACCUUGUUUUAGGCUACUCCAUCUGUUCUAAACCUAAUCAGAGGUUCAGAUUCGAAUCAAUCCACCCCCAGAGCUAACUCUGCGGCGUCUACUCCAACGUUCCCCCAACCGCCUUCUGUCGGAUCUUCUGGGUCAUCGUUAG